AUGGCGGACGGAGGCUACGUGCCCGACGAUCUGGCGGUUAACAGGCUGCAAAUGAUGGCCCACUGCGACGAGGCGCAAGCACGCUUCCUAUUGGAAGCUGCUGGAGGGAACAUGGAGCUAGCUCUACAAAUGGCUGUAGCCGUUCAGCCAGCGGGGACCGGAGGCGCUGCCGCUGGUGGCGGCGGCGGUCCGGCGACGCUGCGGCCACGCGCACCAGGAGUGCCGCGCGCUGGCGGCGCCCCUGCGCUAGCGGCGCCGCUGAGCCUCCUCGGCUUUGUCUUUCGCAUGCCGCUUCUAGCGCUGGGCUUUGGCUUUCGGGUGGUGCGGUUUACAUUGUUCAACGGGCUCCACGCUGCGGCGGUGGUGGGCGACCGGGUGCUGCCUGUGCGGGUGAUGCGUGCGGCACGCAGCGUAGCGGCGACUAUCGCAGCCGGCACGGGGGCGAGCGGCGAGGAGCUCGACCCAGCAGGCCAGGCAGCGGCAUUCGUGGCGUCAUUCAAGGCAUCGUACGGCGACCGGCACCCCCGGUGGCAAGAGUCCGGGUGGCGGGUGGCCUGUCAGCAGGCACGGCGCGAGUUCAAAUUCCUUCUUGUGUACCUGCACUCUCCGGAGCACGAGGACACGGAUGUGUUUUGCCGUACCGUGCUGACGUGCCCCGACGUGGUGAACUACAUCAACGCCAAAUUCGUAUCUUGGGGCGGAGACGUAACGGCCGCGGAUGCGUUCGUGCUCUCCCAGCAAACCCAGAUGGCGGUCACUCGCUUCCCCUACGUGGCCCUGCUGUCCGUGUCGCCAUCAGACGUCCGGGUGCAGCUCGUCGCAUCCGGCUCCGGAGCCGCCAUCAACGAUCCGCAAACACUUCUCACGCUGCUGCGCGGCGCGGUCGCCAACUUUGGUGCACUGCUGGAGGCGCAGCGGGCCGAGGCAGAAGUGCGGGCUACAGCCCGUAGGCUGGUGGAGGAGCAGAACGAGGAGUACGAGGCCAGCCUGGCCGCGGACCGGCGGCGGGAGGCGGAGCGGGCGGAGGAGCGGAGGAGACAGGAGGAGGAAGAACAACGCCGGCAGGAGGAGGAGCGCAGAGCGAGGGAGGCGGCGGCGGCGGAGGCGGCUCGUCAGGCGGAGGCGGCCGCGGCGGUGGAGCAGCGACGUCAGGCGGCUCGUGCUGCGCUGCUCCCCGAGCCCCCCGCGGGAUCGGAGGGGAGCGCCGCCAUUCGAUUGCGGCUUCCGGAUGGCACCAACACGGCGAGGUGCUUUCCGCGGGGCGCAGCUCUGCAGGCCGUGUUUGACUUUGUUGACUCGCUGGACGCCACGAGCUACAGCCGAUAUCAUUUGGUAGCCAACUACCCACGUCGGGUGUUUUUGCGUGCGGCGCAUGGCCCCGCAUCGCUGCAGGAGCUGGGACUGACACCGCAGGCCGCCCUCUUCGUGCAACCGGAUGAGUGA